AUGCCGCCCGACGUGGACAACAAGGCUCUCGCGCGCCAGAAGCGAAGACGCACAAGCAAGGAAGACGAGGACGUGCUCAAGUCCGAGUAUCUCAAGAACCCCAAGCCCUCCAAGGCUGCACGCCUGGAAAUCGUCCGCAAGGUCGCGCUUGGCGAGAAGGAAGUUCAGAUUUGGUUCCAAAAUAAACGCCAAAACGACCGCCGUCGCUCGCGGCCUCUCGAACCCUCGUCGACUGCAUCCUUCAUGUCUUCGUCGUCUACCAUGUCGGACCCGCCCACCGAGGACGACGUCGUGGCCGUUUCACGUCGUAUCGAUAACGACCCGGACCCCAAGCAUUCGGACGAGUGCCCAAAGUCCGAUCCGCCAGAGCAGCCUGCAACGCCCGAACUAACCUCAGAUGAGACCAUCCCAGAACCGCGCACCAUUGACACGGCUGUCUCUGCACCUGCCGAAUCCGACCACGCGAACGAAGCAGCCGUAGAGCCCUCAACCGAGGCCCAGGCUGAGACAGCCCCUGUCGAGGUUACCGACUCCCAGCAAGCUGUGCCAUGCUCCCAGGGUGCUGCGCAAGCACGCACAUCAUGGAUUUCGAACCGUCGCAGUGCCUCCUUCGUCCGAUGUCUUGAAGAUUACGCUCCCGAGGUUAUCACCUUCCCCAAUGCUCCGUCCAGGCCCUCGGAAUCGCCCAAAGCCCCGGCAAAGACGCCGUCGCGACCACUGAAACGCACCCACUCGUUUAUGCGCUUGUCCACGACCGAGGAUGGCACCGCACGCAUCGUCACUGAUCUCGACAAGACACCCUCGCCGCCCAAGUCGAAGAAGACGCCGUCAUCGUUUUCCCGCGCUGCAGCUGGCCUCCGACGAAGCUACAGCGCAGCAGGCUUGAACGAUAGGUUGGCUGCUGCGGCACGGGGAGAGCCAAGCCCAAAGAUACCAAGGACAGCAUCGAGUAUCGGAAGGAGUAGGGACUCGCGCGCGUGGGAGUUUUGGUGUGACCCGGAGACUCGGUCUACGACGAGCCUGACCGCGCGUGCGGAACAAGAAGAGAGUGGAAGUGCAGCUGACGCGAUAGGGAUACUUCGUGCGAAUCGACGGAUACUCGCCCAAAACCAAGCGCGCCAGAACAGCAGCCCGCUCAUGGCGCGUUAUAGCUCGCAUAAGGUGCUUGGCAGUCCGCUAGUCAAGAAGUCUCGCGGCCCCAUGCAACGUGCUUCUACCAUUAACGGCCGAUUCUCAAAUACCGACUACUCCGACUACAAAAAGGGUGGUGAUGGUACCGAGUCAGACGACCUUCCACCGACGGAGAGCGACAAGGAGAACUGGGAACCUGGCGCGACCAAGUCGGUGCGUCGAGAUCGGCAUGUUGCAGCGACGCCUCCAGCUUCGCGAGGUGCGCGUCAGAUACUGGGGGAGAAUAUAGAGUUGAUGGCGCAGGCGGCGAGCCUUGGUGCACUGCUAGCCAAGGACAAACGGAGGAGCAGCAAGUGUAUAAUAGACCCAGAGCAAGAUGAAGAACUGCGACAGUUCAUGGGCGGCGAUGGUGCAAGUGGACGUUCGAGUAUAAACUCGGCGGAAGAGGCCGGGUGCGUCGAGGGAUUGUUGAAGCUGAGCCAGGGCCAGUGGAGGUGAUUGGGCUCAAGGCAUCCAUGGACUAACACUAGUCAUAUCAUCCUUUACUAUGUCUUCUUUGUACAUAUAGCGCUCAUUUUGUGGUGUUUGGACCAACAGGACGAGCGCGAGCUCAUGACCAAAAAAGGUCGGCGGUGUUUUGUGACUUUUGGGCAUAGAUGCUAGCGGCUGGCAU